GUCUCCGAGACACGCCGUUCUGACAGUUUGAGCGUACUUUUUGUCUUUGUUGGCAAAGCAGAAAAAUGUCGGAGACUGCGCCGGUUGCUCCCGCUGCUCCCGCACCUACAGAGAAAACACCUGUUAAGAAGAAGGCGAAGAAAGCGGGCGUUGCUGCUGGAAAGCGCAAGUCGUCCGGGCCCCCGGUGUCCGAGCUCAUCACCAAGGCCGUCGCCGCCUCCAAGGAGCGCAGCGGCGUGUCCCUGGCCGCGCUCAAGAAGGCGCUGGCGGCCGCCGGCUACGACGUGGAGAAGAACAACAGCCGCAUCAAGCUGGGCCUCAAGAGCCUGGUGAGCAAGGGCACCCUGGUGCAGACCAAGGGCACCGGCGCCUCGGGCUCCUUCAAGCUCAACAAGAAGGCGGCCUCCGGGGAAGCCAAGCCCAAAGCCAAGAAGGCGGGCGCGGCCAAGCCCAAGAAGGCGGCCGGGGCGGCCAAGAAACCCAAGAAGGCCACGGGGGCGAGCACCCCCAAGAAGAGCGCCAAGAAGACCCCCAAGAAGGCCAAGAAGCCCGCGGCGGCGGCUGUCGCCAAGAAAGUGGCCAAGAGUCCGAAGAAGGCGAAGGCUACCAAGCCCAAGAAGGCCACCAAGAGUCCGGCCAAGGCCAAAGCCCCGAAGCCCAAGGCAGCCAAGCCUAAAGCGGCCAAGCCUAAGGCGACAAAGGCAAAGAAGGCGGCGCCUAAGAAGAAGUAAACAUUCUAGCGGGAUGUCCUGCUUUGAAAAUCUCAAAGGCUCUUUUCAGAGCCACCCACUGCUUUCAGGCAAAAGAGCUUAGUAACUAAUUCCUUCCCCUCGAUUGUUGAGAUGUUCCAUGGAGCCAUGGUUGGCUGUCGAAUGUUUCUGCUGAAUACUCAAGGAAUAGGUAAAGUGAAACCAUGAGGGGGAAAAAAAAAAAAAGAAAAAAACCCCAAACUCUUGGACGGCUGCGUGGUUGGUGAGAAAGUUCCCGGAGUUGAGGUGACCAGGGCAAAAUAAAUGGGUUAUAGAUGGCUGAUCCGGAUGUUGCAGGCCUGCUUUUCCCCCAAGGCUGAGGUGUUUUUAUUUUUUAUUUCAGGGAAGCCCACUUAAUUUUACUGGGAAAUCUUGGCAAAUAUCUGAGGCCUAGAGAUCAUUAUGGGGCUGUAAACCUGGAUGGGGAGACAUUGUGUCUUUAUUUUCACAAAGUGUAAAUGAAAUUUAACAUUUCCUUCAAUUGUGUGUGUAGGCAGCUAAUCACAAUGGAUUUUGCAAGUGCCUGUGGCUUUUUCAGCAAUGGCAAUCACAGAUGUUUUCUUAUCACUUGAAGUCCUGUAGAUAUCUUGAAAUAAAGUUUACACUCAUUCUGA